GCAUCAGUGACACGUGACUCCGCCCUCUUCUCAUUGAGACAAUUUAAACAUGGCGCCCUCCUGCCUACUCCCUACAAACUGCAAAUAAUGCUGUUUCUCGUAGGUUAUUAUAAUGUUUGGUUUAUAAAGCGUCUAACUUACUGCGGUACAUAGUGAGAUUAGAUAAGAGCGCUGGAUAUUCUGUGUUAUCCCUACAGGCAUGGUUAUGCAAUGAUAAAACCUCUACUAGUGCAGGAUUCGGACAUCAGUGGAUAAAAGGCGUGAAACAUGGCGUAUAGUCUGCCGCAUACUUGCAUGUUUGAGUGCAGAUGUCAUUUGUGCGUUGUUUUUAUAAUUUAUCACAUCUCAGAUGUUCUUCCUGCUGUUAUAUGAGUGCCGUUGUAAAGGAUGGUUAUGAGCUGCACAUCAUGGACCAGGUGACGGGCAGCGCGAGGAGAGUGGAGGAUGAGCGCAGGCUGAUCCGAGCGCGCGCUACUGCCGCUCAGUCUGUGGGAAGCUCCCACAGCCAGGAUGGCUCCUCGAGGUUUGUCUACGUCCUCUCCUUCUUCUCCGCUCUGGGAGGCUUCCUCUUCGGCUAUGACACCGGCGUGGUGUCCGGGGCUAUGCUUCUGCUCAAGAAAGAGAUGAACCUGAGCGCGUUUUGGCAGGAGUUGUUGGUCUCCAGCACCGUAGGCGCGGCGGCGCUCUCAGCUCUAGCGGGAGGCUGCCUGAACGGGCUGUACGGCCGCCGGAAGUGCAUCAUGCUGGCCAGCUUCAUUUUUACAGUGGGGGGGAUCGUUCUGAGCGUGGCACCUAAUAAAACGGUUCUUCUUUUCGGCAGGCUUAUUGUUGGUCUUGGAAUUGGUGUAGCUUCUAUGACAGUGCCGGUCUACAUAGCUGAAGUGUCUCCUCCUCAGCUGCGAGGUCAGCUGGUCACCAUAAACACACUGUUUAUCACAGGCGGGCAGUUCAUAGCCAGCGUGGUGGAUGGAGCCUUCAGCUACAUGGGGCACAAUGGCUGGAGGUAUAUGCUGGGUCUGUCAGUAGUCCCUGCUGUGCUACAGUUUUUGGGAUUCUUCUUCUUCUUGCCUGAGAGUCCUCGCUGGCUCCUGCAGAAAGGCGAUACUCAGCAGGCCCGUGAGGUGCUCACACAGAUCCGGGCCACAGAGAACGUGAACGAAGAGUAUGACGGUAUCAAGAGUAUUAUUGAAGAGGAGGAAAAGGAAGCAGGAGGGGGACCAGUGCUGUGCCGUAUCCUGGCCUGUGCUCCUGCCCGGAGAGCCCUGAUUGUGGGAUGUGGCCUUCAGAUGUUCCAGCAGCUCUCUGGAAUUAACACUGUAAUGUACUACAGUGCCACAAUUUUGCAGAUGGCAGGAGUGCGGGAUGAUAAGACAGCCAUCUGGCUUUCUGCUGCUACAGCAUUCACCAAUUUCCUGUUUACGCUGGUGGGUGUUUGGCUGGUGGAGCGGGUGGGCCGCAGAAAGCUGACUCUGGGCAGCAUUGUUGGUACUGGUGUCAGUCUCUCUGUCUUGGCUGUGGGAUUCCUACUUUCUGCUCAGACCUCUCCUCCAGUGACCUUUCACCCUAGUGAGCCCACUUCUCCUAACUCAACCUGCACACACUAUGGAUUUUGUGAACAGUGUAUGCUGGAUCCAAACUGUGGCUUUUGUUACUAUGAGAAUGGCUCAACCAUAUCAGGCUCUUCCUGUGAGCCAGUUGAUCCAGCCAACACAGAGCAAGCAGCGAGUGGCAGGUGCUCCAAUGGUACCCAAGAAGACCCAAGUGCAUUGUGGGCCUAUAACUACUGCCCAACCUCCUAUUCCUGGGUAGUAUUGCUGGGUCUCAUCCUUUAUCUGGCCUUCUUUGCUCCAGGGAUGGGGCCCAUGCCAUGGACAGUGAAUUCUGAGAUUUAUCCGCUGUGGGCUCGGAGCACAGGCAAUGCUUGCUCUGCUGGCGUGAACUGGAUCUUCAAUGUCCUUGUGUCUCUGACAUUCCUCCAUGUGGCUGAGUACCUCACAUACUAUGGUGCGUUUUUCCUCUACACUGGCCUGGCUGUGCUUGGAUUCCUCUUCUUGCUGGGCUGUCUGCCAGAGACCAAGGGUCUCAUGUUGGAGGACAUAGAGACUCUGUUUAGCAGAAGGCUCUGCACCUGUGGCGCACUGGGUGGCGAACACACACGUUACAUCAGGCCUCAUUUGGAUUUGGGAAAGUUGCAUUAUGGGACACUGGAACCAGAGGAAGGAAUUGCUUACAUAUCAGUAAGUACUAUAAAUAAUUAUUAGUUUUUGUUUAUUUGUUUUGUUUGUUUGUUUGUUUUUUUAUGUUUGGCAUUGAUGCCAAGCUUACAAUUUUAUGUAUUUUUGUAAAAAAAAAUCUAGAAUAAUGUAUAAAAAAUGUACCAGAAAUAUAUGUUUAAAACAUAGUUUUUUUUCUGUAUGUCUGUCUUCUAAUACAGCUGCAAUAAUGGUGAAGUUAUACCUGGAUUUGCCUUUCAGGAGCAAUGAACAGCACAUAUGAGAUCAUGAUCAAUGAACUGACACUUUUUUUUUUUUUAAAGAUACUUAUAUACACGUACUAACAAAGAGUCAGAAUGGGUCUUGGUGUAAUCUAGUUGAAACUAGAAGCUCUGUCACUGCAUUUAACAUGAACAAAUCUAUGGUUUUGGGGAAAAAAAUCAUGCUCUACAAGUGUUUACAAGUCUGACAAUCAUAUAUUAAUGAUUAUAUUGAGUUGGAGAGAAAACAACUUGAUCCUUUAAGGAAUGGUAUAUAUUUUAUUAUGUUGAUUAUUAAGAUUCAUUAUGUUAGAUUAACAGUUUCCAAAAUAGACAAAGAACAAUGUGAGCCCCCUUUAAAUUUAAUGGACAAACCCCGAAAUUCUCCACAUUUUGGAAAUUAAAUGUACAUAUGACGUAAGUGCAUAUUUUAUAUACAUAGUACAUACUGUAUAUUUUUGAAAGUAUACACAAUGAUCUGACCACAGAUCUCCUGCAGUAUCUUUGCUGACCGCUAGGGUCCAUGAACCCCAUGUUGGAAACCCAGGUGUUGGACAUAGCUCCAGUCUACUGUAUAGGCUGUCUUUUACAUUAUUCCAUUAAUGUAACUAUUUUGUUUAGACAAAACUGUGUUCCUCUUUUUCUAUUGAAUAAAAUUUGUCAGAAUUAA